AUGCUUAGGAAGCUAUCGUUGGAGUUCAAAGACAAGUGGGAUGAAGAGAUUAAGAAUAUUCAAUUCGCGAUCAAUUCAACUUAUAAUUCAACAAUCAAACUAUCACCUUUCGGAGUAGUGCUUGGAUACAUUCCUGUAUCGCCAAUUAACAUGUUUAGAAACAAUAAUACAUCAAAUAGAGAAUGGAUCAGAGAGAUGGUCAAAGACAGUUUGUUGGAUAAACAAUUAGAUAUGUUGGAAGCAGAUGGAACCAUCAAGAACAAACCAACUUAUCAGAUUGGAGAUUGGAUGUUUGUCAAAGAUGAAUUUAUCAAUUUGGAAGUUGAUUGGAACACAAACACAGGAUCAAUUAAUAAUAAGAAUCGUGGACCGUUCAGGAUUACAAAGACAAUGAAUCAUUACUUAAAGGUAACUUUAGUUAUUGAAAUUCAAUAA